AUGCCUUGGCCGAAAUGCAACAGCACAUUGGAGGACUUGGUGAUCACGGAAGACAAAGUAUGGCAUGGCUAUUCAUUUCACGACAUUGGUCUGGGGGUCGGUUGCAUAUUCACUUUCAUCGCCAUUGUCAUCUCCUUCUUCCUCAUAGGAAUGCACGCGACACAUUACCUCAAACCUUGGGAGCAGAAACACAUCAUUCGCAUCCUCUUCAUGGUCCCAGUCUACGCCGCCGUUUCCCUCCUCUCAUACUACUACUACAAUCACAGCGUAUACUUUGAAGUCAUUCGAGAUUGUUACGAGGCCUUCGCCAUCGCUUCCUUCUUCAGUCUACUUUGCGCAUACAUUGCGCCCGACUUGCAUCAACAGAAGAUCUACUUCAGAACAAUCACACCAAAGAAUUGGAUUUUCCCCAUAAGACAGAUGCAGAGGUGUGCUGGGGGGCCUAACGGAUGGCUGAGGACUCCCCGAAGCGGUCUCACUUGGUUCAACGUAAUCUGGGUUUGCGUUUUCCAAUAUUGUUUCAUAAGGGUGUUCUUCACAAUCGUCGCAGUCGUCACACAAUCCUUCGAUCUGUAUUGUCUAGAGUCGCUCAAGCCAGCAUUCUCGCAUGUUUGGAUCAUGGGAUUCGAAUCAGUCGGUGUUUCGAUUGCGAUGUAUGCCCUGAUCCAAUUCUACUAUCAAAUCAAGGAUGACAUCCGUCAGCACAAGCCCUUGCUGAAGAUCACAGCUGUUAAGCUCGUCAUUUUCCUGAGUUUCUGGCAGACGACAUUGAUAUCUUUUUUGACCAGCUCGGGCGUGAUCACAGCGAACAACAAGGUACAAACACCGGAUAUCAAGGUGGGAAUCCCAGCUCUCCUGCUGUGCAUCGAGAUGGCGUUCUUCGCUGCGUUCCACGUUUGGUCUUUCAGUUGGAAACCUUACACACGCGGCUCGAGAGAAUUGUUGUCUGAGGCGGUGCCUGGAGAGGGCCAACUCCAAUUCCAGGGCGGCUUUAUGGGUGUCAAAGCCAUCUACGAUGCAUUUAAUGCCUGGGAUAUGCUGAAAGCGACAGGUCGCGGAGCAAGAUGGUUGUUUAAGGGUCGCAGGACGCGUAUGGAAGAUGCAAGCUACAACAUGACGAGGAAGAACACGCAGGGAAGCGAGUUUGGCGCCGAAGGUCAGAAACUGUCGAAACUAUCUGUACCAACUCCAUAUACUGGAGCCAACGCUCCACCACCACGUUAUGGUGGUGAAGAAGGUGAUGUCCUGCUCGCCCAUGGCCAGGGUAUGCCCGUUUCACAGUACCCGACGGUCAGAGUCAGUGGAGACAACAGUCCGGACAGCGACAUCGGCGUUGCGAGUUCGAGUUACGACGAUAAAUACAUGUCGCGAUACGAUCAACCUCCGCAGUCGACGUAUCCUCCCUAUCCCACAGAAGGUGGCGCUACUGUGCCGUAUCCGCCUCCGACACAACAGCAACAACACCUACAGACGUAUGAACAGUAUGACAACAGGGCAACAAGGCCGCAAUAUUCGCCGUCUGCAGACCCAACACAACAGCCCUAUGGGCAGUACGACAAUAGGUCGCCUUCGAGGCCACCAUAUCCGUCCUCUGGAGAUCCGAGGUCAGGGCACCAGGAUAGGACGCGGGAAGGGUUUUUGUAG